GAUCAUUCAGAUCAUGAUUCGAAUAUUUGCAGCAAAAUCUAGAUGUAGUGGUAGGGUCAAUAAAGGACAGGAGUAUCAUUCAAAUGAAGUAAAAUUAUUUCUGAAUUCCAGUCUUGCAUCAUUUUUCAUCCUUAAAGUAUAG